AAGUUCUACAAACUCACAUAAAAGCAGCUGCUACUACUAUCCCGCUAAAACUGAAAGAAAUACGAACAUGCCACUUAAGAUUGUGCCAACUUUUAGAAACUUUAAACAGAUUUAUGCAAUAUUUUGUGACCAUCACUUACCUGGCCACCAUCAUCGGCUGCUGCUUCCUCCUGUACAUGCUGAUCUACUCCAAGCUGGAGGUCUUGUUUAUAGCGAUGGUCGUCUUCUGGCUGACCUUUAAUGCUCUCAUAGCGUUAACGCUGUCUAUUGGUCUGUCGCAGGUUCACGAGGCUGCCCACCAGCCAUUAGAAGCAUUGUUCACCAUUGAGACAUCGGAUAAGGCCGACACAUCGCAGGCGAUACAGCUGCAGCUGUUCCUAUCAAAGCUGACUGGCACGUCUAUAGGGGCUACAGUUCUUGAUUUGUUUACAAUCACCAAGGAGGCGCUGCUUACAAUCGCAGGGGCCUACAUCACGUAUUUUCUACUUUUGAUACAAUUCAACCCGUGAGCAUCGUAGCACAGACUACGAUUU